AUGUCACAGCAGAGUAUACUUUUGACAGAACCUACUUUACAGCAGCUAAUAUUCGCAACUCAAUUAACCAAUCGAUUACAGCGUAUAGAAUAUUUGGUCAUGAACGCUUAUAUCACUAAUUGUGGACGAUACCUCCCACAAGAAAUAUACCAACCGUUUAUCUGUGGGAUAUAUGGCGCUGAUUAUCAUCUAUCGGAAUGGUCAAAUAUACAACUAAGAGAUAUUACGGUAUUACUUCUACAACCACCAGAAAUACUGCUCCAAGGCUUGCUACCCAACGAUAUUUCAAUAAAUGAAAUAAAACAAGUUCGACCGCCAGGUAUUCAACGUGCGAUCACGGCUAUCAAAGAGGAAACACUGAAGAGGUGCGACAAGAUUUUGACGCUAUUUGUCAGGCGUAUUUUAAAUCCUGUUACUCAUACUGAUUUCUCAGUGGCUAUUGACGAGUUCAAAAAGUUGGCGAUGGUGAAAGAAUUAUGGUUAUAUGGUCAAUUCGUGUGA